CUGGCACUCUAGUCCUUUCUCCUGUCGGCUGCCAGCGGCCGGACCCUUCCCUCAUUUUCUUCCUUUCUGACUUGGGCAGGCCAAGCGACCGGGGCCUUCGCCCGGCCCGUCGGGCUUUGGUGGACCGAGGGUGGCCGCCCUGGAGACGGACGCCCGUCCCGGAACGCAGUGGGAGUCUCUUUCGCGCGGCUCUUAGGUAGCGAGACCCUGGGCGGGCGCUGGCUCGAGCGCCGGGCUCCAAGGUUCGUCAAGCGGCACGCGGCUGCUGCCUGGGCUCGGGUCGCCUGUCGGUCUCUGGCCUGGGCCCUGCUGCGGAGAAAACUCAGGACUUGUUUCGCUUUCGAGCAUCCUCUGUAACCUUGUGCGCUGAGAAGCCACACCUCCUGGGAGGACCCCCAGCUCCUGUUUCCUCUGGCGGAGACCCGUUUCGUAGAAGAGAAACUCCAUUGCAGUUCAGAGCAUUUUCAGUUACCUAGGUGCUGUCAGACUAAGACAUUAUCAUAGAGAACAUCUCUAGAAAAUUUUGAGGAAAAGUUGAUUUAGUAUCUACUCUUAUGUUUGUUUUGUGUAUCUGAGGCUGGCCAAAAAAUUCAUCCUUGUUCUUACGAGUUUCGGUUACCCCUGUCAACUGCGGUGCAGAGGCAGAUGAUCUUCCUCCUGAUGUAUUACUGACAGAAGAUCAGUAGUAGUCUGACACUACGUCCAAAUGCCUACGUCAUUCCGUCACUUCAUCUCAUCACAUAGCCAUUUUAUCCUCUCACAUCAUCACCAGAAGAAGGCUGUGGCAGAAGUAAGACUUCGAGAUGAUCAAUAUACAUUGGAACACAUGCAUGCUUUUGGAAUGUAUAAUUACCUACACUGUGAUUCAUGGUAUCAAGACAGUGUCUACUACAUUGAUAACCUUGGAAGAGUUAUGAAUUUAACAGUGAUGCUGGACACUGCUUUAGGAAAACCACGAGAAGUGUUUCGACUUCCCACAGAUUUGACAGCAUACGACAAUCGCCUUUGUGCAUCUAUCCAUUUCACAUCUUCUACCUGGGUUACCUUGUCAGAUGGAACUGGACGAUUAUAUCUGAUUGGUACAGGUGAACGUGGAAAUAGUGCUUCUGAAAAAUGGGAGAUUAUGUUUAAUGAAGAGCUUGGAAAUCCUUUUAUCAUAAUUCACAGUAUCUCACUGCUGAAUGCUGAAGAACAUUCUGUAACAACCUUACUUCUUCGAAUAGAGAAGGAGGAGUUGGAUAUGAAAGGAAGUGGAUUCUAUGUUUCUUUGGAGUGGGUCACUAUCAGUAAAAAAAAUAAAGAUGAUAACAAAUAUGAAAUUGUUAAGCGUGAUAUUCUCCGUGGAAAGUCAGUGCCACAUUAUGCUGCUAUUGAGCCUGAUGGGAAGGGUCUGAUGAUUGUCUCCUACAAGUCCUUCACAUUUGUUCAUGUUGGUCAAGAUCUUAAAGAAAAUCAGAAUGAGGACAUGUCAGAGAAAAUCAAAGAACCUUUGUAUUACUGGCAACAGACUGAAGAUGAUUUGACAGUAACAAUACGGCUUCCAGAAGGCAUUUCUAAGGAGGACAUUCAAGUACAGUUUUUGCCUGAUCACAUCAACAUUGUGCUGAAAGGUCAGAGGUUUCUGGAAGGAAAACUCUAUUCAUCUAUUGAUCAAGAAAGCAGUACAUGGAUAACUAAAGAGAAUAAUAGCUUGGAGAUUUUCUUGAUUAAAAAGAAUGAAGGACUAACAUGGCCAGAGCUAGUAGUUGGUGAUAAACAAGGAGAGUUUAUAAGAGACUCAGCACAGUGUGCUGCAAUAGCUGAACGUUUAAUGCAUUUGACCUCUGAAGAACUGAAUCCAAAUCCAGAUAAAGAAAAACCUCCUUGUAAUGCUCAAGAGUUAGAAGAAUGUGACGUUUUCUUUGAAGAGAGCUCAAGUUUAUGCAGAUUUGAUGGCAGUACAUUAAAAACUACUCAUGUGGUGAAUCUUGGAAGCAACCAGUACCUUUUCUCUGUCAUAGUGGAUCCUAAAGAAAUGCCCUGCUUCUGUUUGCGCCAUGAUGUUGAUGCCCUACUCUGGCAGCCACACUCCAGCAAACAAGAUGAUAUGUGGGAACACAUUGCAACUUUCAAUGCUUUAGGCUACGUCCAAGCAUCAAAGAGAGACAAAAAAUUUUUUGCCUGUGCUCCCAAUUACUCCUAUGCAGCCCUGUGUGAGUGCCUUCGUCGAGUGUUCAUCUACCGUCAGCCUACUCCCAUGUCCACUGUACUUUACAACAGAAAGGAAGGCAGGCAAGUAGGACAGGUUGCUAAGCAGCAAGUAGCAAGCCUAGAAACCAAUGAUCCUAUUUUAGGCUUUCAAGCAACAAAUGAGAGAUUAUUUGUUCUCACUACCAAAAACCUCUUUUUAAUAAAGGUAAAUACAGACAAUUGAUUACUCCAACAUGUUGGCUUCUCUGUAGUGGAAAAGUAUUCAGUGAUAGCCAGAAGGUUGGCAGUUAUACUAUAACCUGUUAAGUUUUACUAUGUUAAAUAAAAUUAUCUUGUAUGAAUUUUUUUAUUUUUUAAAAGAUAUUGGAAAUAUAUUCAAGAGAUUAUGAUUCUGUAAAAGUUAUGGAACGAAGCUGCAAAUUUAGAGGAAAUUGGCUUCUGUAAAAAAAAUGUAAAGAAAGUAUUAGUAAGUAUAAUUUUUUUAAAAAACAGGCUGUGGAAUUUCAUCUUUUAUAUGAAAGAUGUACAGUUCAGUGUUUAAAAAUAAAAAUAUGUACUCUUUGUUCAUUGAUACAGUUUCUCAUUCUGUACUAUAGAAUUUUUGGAUAACAGACUGAACUGUUGAUUCUUGUAAAUACUCAUUUAAGUGGACUAAAUAGCUGAAGUGGAGGGGGAAUACAACAGAAGUACAGCAGGUCCAGUUAUUGUUACAGUUUGCUGAAAGACUAAGUUUUUUUUUCAAAUUCGUUUUUUCCAUUUAUUUGAUUUUUAUCCAUUUGUUCUUCCACAGACAUAGACAAAGAGAGAUGAUAAGAUUCCACAAAUUGUAGCUGUUAUGCAUUGUUAUACAAACAAACCACCUUAAAACUCAGUGAUUUAAAACAGGGACAUUUGAAAGUCUGUGAUUCACAGAUUGGGCCUUCUCUGUUCUUUGUACCUGGCAUCUCAUUCUCUAGCAGGCUAUACUCGUCUUAUUCCUGUGAUAGAGAAAACAUUGCAAGAGGGCAAGAGGGCAAGCCUUGGUAUACAGGGCAAGCCUGUGUUUGCAUCAUUUUGCUCCUCUUCCAUUGAACAAAGCAAGUCACAUGACCAAGUCUUAAGAGUCAGUGUGAGAGGAGACUGCACAGGAACACAGAUAACAGAGAUACAAUUCUUUGGAGCCAUUAAUGUAAAUCUAUCACAGACAAAUUAUGAUUUACCCUUGUAGUUCUCCUUGAAUAUCUACAUUUAAAAAAAAAAACUGUUUAUACAUUAAAUAUUUUGUGUCAUGGA